AUUCCAGAGGAAUCUGUUCGAUCGCCACGGGAUGGCGGCACUUUCACAGUGCCAAAUUUCGGCCCGUGCCAGAGCCCGUGGCCGGGGGCAGCAGCAGUCGAGUGGUGUGCGGGCGUUUGCCAAGAUUCUGGUUGGAAUGGAAGAUCCGGGGGGAAUUGGCGCUGAUUUGCCUCGUCGUCAUCCUACAUCGCUCGUUUGUGAUGAGACACACCUCUCGGAUUGUAUCUCGAGAUAUCCAUACUGGAUCGCCCCUGAAACGUUUACUACCUGACCACUUGCUCGUCCCAUGGACACCUUUCGCAACCUCGGUCACGGCUGGCUCUCUCGUCGAACAGGCGCCAGCGUACGCUGAUCAGCCUCGAGAGCGAGAAGGAGCUUCCUCUCAUUCGACUCGGGACGACCAUGCCCGCCGUUCGCUGUUUGCGAGCGAGUCUCGCUGCGCUCGUCGUCGUUGCCUACAUUGCAUCGCUCGCCCUCGCCUCGCUCUCGAGGAGGUCCGACCGGGCUUUUCUGCGGCCGUCACGGCGGCACCCGCUGCUGGGAGGCACGCGCGAGCGCAACGACGCAUCGGCCGCCUUUCUGCCCCUGCCGCUACCCGCUGCCCUGUCGCAGAAGAAGCACAAGUCCAAGGACCUCACCACCGUCGGCGACCGUCCCGCAGGCGCAUACGCGCGCAACUUCCAUGUCACGUCGCCGCACAGCCUUCGCGGCGGCGAUGUCUUCACAUGGUACAGCAAGACGCCGCAUGCCGAGGCGGACGCCGAGGCGGCGCUGAUCGUCGUGCACGGCAAGCGGCGCAACGCGGGCCACUACUGGAGCGUGUUCAACAAGAUCUGGAGCGACCAUGUCGGCAUCGGCAGCGCGCGUUCCAACACCGUCCGUGUCGCGCCGCUCUUCUUCUCCAUCCACGACGCCCAAGCAUACAACGACAGCUCGCUCGCGUGGGGCAACUCCAACGGCUGGCAGACCGGCGACGCCAGUUCCCACCCGCUCGGCGCGACGAUCAGCUCUUUCACCGUACUCGAUUACUUUGUCGAGCUGUUCAGCGAUCGCAAAAAAUUUCCCAAGAUGAAGUACAUCACACUUGCUGGGCACGGCGCCGGUGGUCAGCUGCUCGCGCGCUACGCGGUCGUCGGCCACACGCAGCCGGCGGACAAGGCGGGCAUCUCGCUGCGUAUGGUGAUCAGUGACCCGUCGUCCCACGUCUACUUUACACAAGACCGCCCAGUGCCCUUUGACCGCGAAUCGUGCAAAGGCUGGAACUCGUGGCGCUACGCACUGCGCGACUACAGCCUCAGUCGCACCUACCCACUCCCCGAGGGUGGCUCUCCGGUCAAGCUGUUCAAGCGCUAUGCCAAGCGAGACGUCCGCUACGUUGUGGGCGAGGACGACGUCAAGCCGAACGGCGACCAAUCCUGCAUGGCGCAGGCUCUUGGCGGGCCGGAGCGCACCAAGCGCAACCAGGCGUACUGGAAGUACAUCAACCUACUCGGCGACUCACGCGCCAACGCCGAGGUCGCGCACUUCUUCGGCGACUUCCCCGCGCUCGACAAGGACACGGCGCAGCGCAGUGCGCAUUCGCGCAACAUUAGCGCCAGCACCGAGCGCGCCGCGUCGCCCUUCAAGGGCACAAAAGUUGCGCACAAGUUUGCGCUCGUCAGCGGCGCCGGGCACCAAGUCAAGGAGGUGUACGGGUCUGAGCUCGGAUCCAACUUCCUCUUUGAGGAUCGGGACAAACUCGACAACAGCCCCGCUCCUUGAUGCAAAGACGCAGAGGCGCCCGCGUCCGCCCUCGCUACCCACCAGCUUAUAUUGCUCACUCGCAUCUCCCAGCCGGAUCCGCCCGUCGCCUACUCCUGGACGGGCAAAGGCCAGCGGUUUGAUUUAUCUGCAAGCAGUUUCACCAUAAUAGAAUACAUGCACAGGAUCCGCAUCCACUUGUUCUUCUCACUGUAUAUCCAGCAUUCAUCUCUACAUGCCGCCGUGUCCAGCAGGGCCGCACGAUCAGAUUUCUUCCGAGCUCCGCGGGGUGUAUAUGUGCUCCCGAUGCCAGUUUCUAAAAUCACUUGCAAAGGAUGGGCGCGCCAGAG